CAGAAGAAGUUGAGGACCGCUAAUGUCCUGAUGGCCGGCAUUAACGGAGUCGGCUCUGAAGUGGUCAAGAAUAUAGUGCUCUCAGGCGUGAAGUCCAUGACUUUACUCGACCACCAGAUGGUCACCGAAGCGGACACUCUCUCCAAUCUGUUCACCAAACGAGAGAUCGGCCAAAAUCGGGCCAAAGUGUCCAAAGAGUUGGUCCAAUCGCUGAAUCCAAACGUCGCGGUCAAUGACGACAAUACGUCGCUUAGAGAUAAAGACAAAGACUUCUUCAGGGCUUACGAAGUGGUAAUUUUGUCCAAUUAUGACAAACAAACUAUGAUUAAAGUGAACCGAAUCUGCAAUGAGCUGAACAUCAAGUUCUUCGCGACCGCUAUUUGGGGUUCGUUUGGCUUUACGUUCACAGACUUGGGUUCACAACACUAUUACUUUUCAGAAGAAGACGUGAAAAUAGAAGACAUCACUAUUCAGACGGAUUGCGAGCCGACCCGGAAGAAGGCUAGACUCGAGGCUCCCCAACAACAACAACAGCCAACACCACAACCGAUUACAUCCAAACAGAUCGUCGAAAAGAAAAUAAGUUUCGUUUCGUUGGAGAGAGCGCUGGACGUAAAGGCAGGAAAGGCUGGCUAUGGGCUGACCAGACGGACCAGCAGUACAUUUAUUAUCACUCAUAUAUUGCUCGAGUUCUGUGAGAAACACUCUCGCUAUCCAUCGGCCGAUUCGCGCGACGAAGACAUUGAAGAAUUGAAAGGAUUGCAGAAAGAAGUGAUCGCUAGACUCGGAGUCGACGAAAGGAUCAUUAAACACACGGAUUGGCACAAAGAGGUGUUCGGAGAGUUGAGUCCCAUUAGCUCUAUCGUCGGCGGAGUGUUGGGUCAGGACGUGAUACGAGCCGUUUCUGCCAAAGACAGUCCCAUCAGAAACUUUUUCCUAUUCGACGGCAUUCAAUGCAACGGUUCCAUCGAAAGUAUUGGCAAAUGA